AGUCAUUCAUUCACUAAACGUCUCACUAUUUAUACAAACAUUGCUUAUAAUUGUGUUUACAAUUGAUUUAACACUUAUUUAUUGAUUACUAAACGACAUUACAAUACAAACCAUGUGUUCAAUAAUUCCUGCUGUAUAUCAAACUCCGGUCACAAUACGACCCCCGAUCCCUCAUUACGGGUCCAUUCCUUCGGGUGGAGUCACUCCCGGAUCUCUUAUCAUAAUCAACGGCAGAGUUCCCAAUGGCUGCCGAAGAUUUGACUUCAAUCUUAUGGUCGGAUCCGUAAUCACUCAACAUUUGAUGACUUCGGGAGACAUAGCCUUUCACUUCAACCCGCGAUUCGAUGAGAAUCUAAUCGUACGAAACAGCCGUCAGAACCAGAGGUGGGGACCGGAAGAGCGGGAGCCGCAGACCAACCCCUACGUUGCCGGCCGUUCCUUCGAGACUAUGAUUCUCAUUGAGUCCCACGGCUUCAAAGUGGCGGUCAAUGGACGACACUUUUGCGAAUUCAUUCACCGAAUCGCCCCCUCGUGUGUCGGUAUCUUCACAGUCGAUGGAACCGUUGAAAUCGAUCGCAUUGAGUAUCGACGCGAAGCACAGUAUUCGUCGCCCGCGGCACCGAUGCCAGUGAUGGUGAGCCAGGAGUUGGGCCCGAUAUACAACCCUCCCAUUCCUUACAAACACAAAUGGCCCGAAAGUCUACGUGCGGGACAAAUGGUGUAUAUAUCUGGCCGUCUCAUCAAUAGUCCCGACCGCUUCUCAAUAGACUUCAUGUGCGGACAACACCCGCACAUGAAUGACAUUGCAUUCCAUACCAAUGUUCGGAUGCGGGAGUCGUUGGUUGUCCGCAAUCACUGCCAGAGCGGACACUGGGGUUCGGAGGAGCGGUCAAUGCCUAGCUUUCCCUUCUAUACGGGCACUAACUUUGACUUAAUAGUCAGAGUGGAAGCCAACAGAUAUAUGGUUGCCAUCAAUGGACAACAUUUCGUAGAGUUUAGGCACAGAAUUCCUCUACAUUUCGUCAAUGGCUUAACAAUCGCCGGCGAUGUCGUCAUCGCAUCCAUACGUUUCGCACAGACGUAAGCGCACAGACAGUGAAUACGAGACCACAAAAGCCAAGUUUCAAUUUAAAAUGCAUUAUUUUAAUGAAGAUUUAUUUAAUUAUCUCUAAACAAAUAUAACAAAAAAGAAGUGUAUUUUGUUUUUAUACGAAAUCCGUACGAGAAUUGUGUUUAAAAUACAAUAUAAAUACAAAAAAAGAAAUUAUAUUUUUCUGUAUGAAUUGAAAGAUAAAUUAUUGUAAUAAUUAAAUAUAAAUUAAAUA